GGUGGCCUCUUGUCAGUCUGCAAAUGCCCAUAGCUGGUUCUAUCAAUGUUUUUGCUUUGCGGAGCCACAAAAUGAAUAUUGUUACUGAUGAAAACUGGAUGCACCCUGAGGACUUGGGCUCACUGACAGCAAAAAUGGAUCAGUUCGAGAAAGCAAAAGUCCAUGCUAAGAAAGGACUCUUAGAAAAGAUCAAGAUUCACCUUUCAAAGAAACGGCUACCAUCUCCAACUGACCGAAAGAAGUUUGAUCAUGACUUUGCCAUCUCCACUUCCUUGCAUGGGGUAUACAAUAUUGCCCAGAACAAGAACAAAGCUCGCAAAGUGAUCUGGUUGUCUGUAGUUCUGGGUUCUGUCUCACUCCUUGUGUGGCAAAUCUAUAGCCGCUUGCUCAACUACUUCACAUGGCCAACUACAACAUCUAUAGAGGUUCAGUAUGUGGAGAAAAUCGAGUUCCCUGCUGUGACAUUUUGUAAUGUCAACAGAUUCCAAACAGAUGCUGUAGCCAAAUUUGGCAUCAUUUUCUUCCUGUGGGAUAUAGUCUCCAAAGUCCUCCGCCUCCAGGAAUUCAGUGCCAACACCACUGCCUCACCAGAGGCUUUUGAUUUUGUCACAAGCCACAAAAACUUCAGCAUUACAGACUUUGUCAAGAGCAAUGGGUUUUAUCUUAACAACACCACUCUGUUGAACUGUGAGUUUUUUGGGAUACCAUGUGGCCCAAAGGAUUUUAAACACAUCUUCACUGAAUAUGGAAAUUGCUUUACUUUCAAUCAUGGUGAAAAUAUCCAAGGAAAGCAUAAGAUCAGUGUCUCUGGAAGAGGCUUAAACUUGCUCUUCAAUGUUAAUCAGGAGGAGUUUACCGAUAACCCCGCCCUUGGGUUCAUGGAUUCCGGAAUCAUUUUUGUUAUCCACUCUCCAAAGAAGGAGCCACAGUUUGAUGGCUUGGGUUUGUCUUCGCCAGUGGGAAUGCAUGCACGGGUGACAAUCCGCCAGCUGAAGACAGUCCACCAGGAGUACCCGUGGGGAGAAUGCAAUCCAAACAUCAAGUUGCAGAGCUUCAGCAGCUACAGCACUUACGGUUGUCUGAAGGAGUGCAAAGCGCGGCACAUAGAAAAGCAGUGUGGGUGUUUGCCUUUUCUUCUUCCAGGAAAUGGCAUAGAAUGUAAGCUACAAAAAUACUUCAACUGUAUUUCUCCUUUUCUUGACUACAUUGAGUUGAAGGGACUGUGUACAAUGGGAACACACAACUCCAGCUGCCCUGUGUCGUGUGAAGACACUGAAUACCAGACCACUGUUUCUUAUUCUACUUUCCCAAGUCAGAAAGCAUUGAAAUUCCUUUCCAAUAAACUGAAUCAAAGUGAAGAAUAUAUCAGGGAGAAUCUUGUGAACAUUGAAAUAAAUUAUAGUGAUUUAAACUAUAAAAUAACACAGCAACAAAAAGCAGUAGGUGUACCCGAGCUACUUGCAGAUGUUGGUGGUCAGCUGGGUCUAUUUUGUGGAGCUAGCAUGAUUACCAUUAUGGAAAUAAUUGAAUAUGUAUUCACCAAUUUCUACUGGAUCUUCAUAUUCUUUUUGCUGAAAAUACUUGAAAUGAUCCAGCGGACUCCUCCAAUUCAGACAGUAUAGAAGAAUACUAACACUCUGUUAGAAUAAGUGUUGGGUUUUGUGUUAAAUACCAACAUAUAUACCAUGUCUUA